GUUUGACAGUGACAGUUUUGCGGCGGCGGAUUUAGAAAGAAUUGUUUAUUUUAAUGUUUUGAUUUAAUUCUGGCUUGUGAAUUGAGAUCCGGAUUAUUUUGAUAUUAGGGACGAUAUGUUACAUAGUUUAAUUCAGCUAAUAUCGAUACACUGUUCUCCGGUCUAAUAUUAUCGCCAUCCAUCAUGUACUGUGCAAGAUCAAUUAUUUCGAUUAUUCGGUAUUUACCGAAUAAAAAUCUAGCAACGUGUAAACGAGUAAUCAAAAUAAAAGACGUUAAUAUCCCGAAGAUUUGUUACUCGCAAAUUGUUGAAGAUGAAUCAGACAAAAUAGUUAAAGAGCUAUGCCAAGGAGAUGCAGAUCUAGAAAAGAAGUUAAGGAUUCUCAUGCUAGAAGUAGAAGUGAUGAGACAGGAUGGCAGGUGUGCUCCCGACCAUUUACAGAGUAGGCAUUGGAAACAUUUACUGGACUUGCAGAGCAAAAGCCAGAGGUCCCAAUAUUUACUUUUCCUAUGGAAAACACAGAAAUCCAAGGAAAAUGAAAAGAUGAGAAAAGAAGAAAGAAGGAAACUAGUUGAAGCUGGCUUACCUGAAGAACCAAAAGAGUUUCCAGAUGAUUUAUCAUAUGGAAUAAAACAUCAGUCUCUCUUCCUAAGAAUUAGAGACCAGUCCAUCAACAAUAUGGAUAACUAUAGGGCCCUGCAGGCCAUGACCCAUGGACAAAAAGUAGUUAUAGAUUGCUCAUAUGAAGAGCACAUGGUUUUUCGUGAGACUAUAAAUGCAGCAAAGCAAAUGACUUUUGUAUUUGGUGACAAUAGACUACAUAAAGACCCAUUUGAUAUACAUUUGUGUAAUGUAAAGUAUGAUGGCGAUUUCAUGGGCCAGCUGAGAAGAAAUAUACCCUCCUUGGAUGAACCUUGGUUCCCUCUAAAUAUUCAUAGCCAAAGUUACUUGGAUCUUUUCCCCAAGGAAAAAUUAGUUUACUUGACACCUCACUGUCGGGCUGAAUUGACAGAAUUUGAUCAUGAUGCUAUUUACAUUGUUGGGUGUAUGGUUGAUAAGAUGAAUAACGAACCUUUGUCAUUAGCAAAAGCCAAAAGAGAUGGUCUCAAAAUGGCUAAGCUGCCACUAGACAGAUAUCUUGAAUGGGCUCCUGGAUCCAAGAAAAAUUUGAACAUCAACCACAUGAUUCCCAUACUUCUAGACCUCAAGCUAUUUGGUGAUUGGACAUACGCCCUUCGACAUAUACCUAGGAGGAAAUUGAUGGAAACUAAAAUCCAAGCAAUGCAAAAUAAAUUAAAAAACAGUAAAUUUAAACUUGAUGUAAUGAAAGGUUUUCAGAAUUUACCAAAUGUAAAAAAUAUGAUGCGGUCUGAGAGAAGACAGAGAUCUAAAAAGUCCUUGUAUGAUGAAUAAAGAAAACAAGUUUUAGCUGAUGUACUAAGUAAAACAUUUAAUAUUCUAACUUCUAUAAUUUUGUACACGGCGAAUAUUAAACGAGUUCCAAGAAGUUCAUUAUGUACAUAUUUGUUUCUUAUUCUCCAAAAAAUGCUACACUUGUAAAUAAAUUAUCAUCUACUAUAUUUCAAGCCUCCAAAAUGAUUAAAACCGUGAGUUACAAUAAUUAAAUUGAUAGUCUUUAGAAAUUUUCUAUAGUGGUAUCUAAAUUAUGACCACUUAUUGCACUUAUCAAUUACCUCUCUAUUGAUAGACUGACAUAUUUUACUGCAAUAAACUGUUAUAUACUGUA